AUCGCAAUUUAAAGCUGGGUACAGGGCACUUCAUAAGCGUGCCGGUAGGAGGCGCUUCUCAGCUUUUUCUCCGCUACCCGGGUAAUACUGUUUCAGACGACAAACUGCCUGUGUGUUGAUACCCCCAAGUUUCUCCCUCUAUCAACACCGCCAGCGACUUCACCGGCCAACAAGUAGCAGGGCCAGCCACAUGCAUCAGCCCAGUGCAAUCCGGCUCAACUGAACUGAGCGGACCCUACAAACUGUAGUGCCGGAGGCAACCAGGAGAAGCCUUGCACGCUUCCCUUGUCUUCGAUAUAUCGAAGUUGUUUAGGGCGAAUUAGAUUAUGCGUAUUUCGAAGAAACAAUACGGAGUGUGUUUGUGUGUGAUAAAAGAACGUGGAAGGGAAUGAAUGGCUCGUGCACGAUGUCGUGCCUUUGGGCUCAUCGAGGUUUUUGGUGCAUUGUAAAAUAUUGAUCUAAAGGAAACACUUUCUGCAAGGGCAUUCUGUCGUUCAAAGUUUAUGGGAAUCACAGCGACGCAUUUAAUAGACAAUGGAGUCUUUUUUGUCUUUAGAGAGGUUGAAGUUUCCACCGAAAGAGCCGAGAGUUGGCUCCGAGUUCCAAGUUGAGGUGUUGCCGGACGUUGUCGUUGAUAGAGAGGGACGAAUUUCUCCGGAGCAUCCGGCAGAUUUAGUUUUCACUCCGGAAUAUGAGGAAGGUGAAGAAAAACUUAUACCCCGACCGGUAAAAUGGAGUUCGGCGGAAACUGUUAAUUACGGUCGAUGUUUUCGAAGGCAUGCCCAAGACUUUCCCAGGUAUCUUGAGUACCUGCCGGACAAAACGAUGGGCGAUAUUCUUGACUUGUUCUACAAGCGUGAAGGCGUGAAAAUCUACCGACGAUCCCUGGCGGUGCAAAAGAUUCUCGAAAUUGAUAAAGCUCGGCGAAGUAAUCUUCCGGAAGAGCACGUCGAUGGCCUGCCCAGACGGCGAUCGGCGCGAAGUCGCUCCGAUACUUCGUGACAAAAAAACAAAAAAAAAAAUGCUUUUGCUGUAUGUAAUCUGUACUCUAAUGAUACUGUAUAGGUAUCAUAGCUGUACUGUAAUAAUACUACUUAGAUAUUAUAGCAUAAUAUACUGUAAGAAUACUCGUAGGAGAAUCCACAAGUUCACGCGCACACGAGCUACGUACUAGAAAUUGUGUUGGUGGUAUCAUCGAGCUAAUUUUGUUAACCGUACGAAUUGGAUUUUCCUACAUCAGCAAAGAAAGAUCGUGUGACCUUUUCUUUGAAGAUAAAAUCACAUCGAAAUAUGUAAUAUACCAUAGGUUAUAAAAUAAUGCUUCGAAGUAAAAGCACAGAUGGCAAAUGGUUUCCGUGUGCCAACUGUGUUGCUAGUAGAAGAAUGCGAUUCGAUCAAUCUCAAAAGUAAACAGUGGAACAAGUUAAUAAUCGAUAACUUCACUUGAAUAGAUCGACUGCACAUUCAACGUAGUACAUGCAUUGCUCACCAAUAUCGUUUGCUUCCGAAUACUGUGUUGUUUUCUAUAGAGGACCAUUUGACUAGAAGUAGAAAAUGUCGUUGAACGCCGCUUAAUAACGUCGAGACGUUCUCAUGCGAGACUGUUUGUCGAAAUAAGUAAUAAGAGGUUUCACUACUUAUGUACGCUAUAUGUAAAUGAGUUCUAAGAGCAAAAUUUGCUGUCUCCGAACGAACGCUGUAGCUAAAUAGUGUUGUACUAAAACGUGAUUGCUUAAUUUGUAAAUGAAAUCUCUGUAAAUUUCUAUAUUAGCAAUACCCUCUCCCAUUGUAAAUACUUGAGUAUUAAAGAAAGAAAAAAACGUUUCCAACGAUACGGUGAAUCUCUGAGUAAGUCGGCAAGAUUUGGCCGUGUAAAAGUAAGGCAAAUCUAUAUAGGUGAAAGGCAGAACACUUUGCCACACUAUAUUGUGCGUAAUAGAUAUACUGCGAAGGAACGCUCCCAUAAAUUUACGUGGAUAUAAUGACCGUCUCGUUUGGAGGUAAUCCCGGAAAACUAUGGUGAUAGUGUAAUAAGAGUACGUGUCAACAGAUUAUCGUACUCAAAUAAAUAUAUUAUGAAAUGUUGGCUUUAUUGAGAGAGAUGUUUGAUCUCACUGAAAUAGAGUUUCCAACUUAUUGUUACCUAAUUAUAAUAAGGUUAAAUAAAGUCUGAGUCCCAGGUUAAUAAUAUGAUAAUGGAACUUUGUAGAAGGGGCACCUCUUUGUUUAUAUUGUAAAUUAUCGAUUUACGACAUUUACCAUUUACUCGGACAAGUAUAGAGAAAAACAGACAUAUAUAGAUAAACAUAGGCCUGUAUUCAUUUGUCGUAAGGAAAAGUCACCGAUGUGCCUAAAAGCCAAGUGAUAGCUUUCUAAGCCGUUGUUGAUAAAAAAAAAAAGAGGAUGAACAUUUGUUAGUUUGCGUUACAUUCGAAGAGCUGUAGCAAGCAAUAUGUCUUCUGCAAUUUUAUGAGACGUAGCACCUCGCGCUGUCGUAAGUCAGACAAUUAAACUAAAUCAGCUAAAGCAUGAUAUAUCAUAUCAUAGUAGACGGCCGCUCCACAAUGUUUACAUGACUCCGGCCAGCGUUUUCAGUUCAAACGGUCGAAGCCGACUUCGUGCAAGCUUAGAAAAAAGUUGACAAAAAUACUGACAAAGAUUCGUGCUAAUUGGUCAGAGUUAACAAGGAGGCCAAUAUAUAUAUAAGCAGCAUAGUGUAUCUGUGUAGAGUCAUGUGAAAUAAGUUAAAAAAGGCUUGCGAAGAAUACUCUUUAAGAAUUGUACGGCAGUAGAGUAAAUAAGUGUAUGGAUGGGUUAUAUAUAUAUAUAUAUUUUGAACUCAAUGUAACUGCUACGGAUUAUGUAUAGAUAGAAAGCUUAUCCUAUUUACCCCCUAAUAUUUUAUAAAUAUAAGAAUAACUAAAGACUAUGGCAAUGAACUAAAAUUCUUAAAGUAAAAAAUUAAGAAAAAUCAAUUUAUUUCAACAAAACCAGAUUUAAUUUCUAGUUACCAUUAAUAUCUAAUAAACCUGUAUCUCUUACUGGGUUGAGUUCUAAAUCAAUUCUUUAAAACAGCCUCACCAAUAUUGCAUAACGCUGUUUCGAUCGAUAUUGAGUAG